AUGGUUCACAGGAUAGCUGUUGUCGGAUCCGGAAUUUCCGGAUUGUCUGCUGCCUAUCUAUUGGCUCGCCAACCAGAAAAGUUUCAAGUAGUUGUAUAUGAAGAAGGCGAAUGGAUUGGAGGUCAUACUCAUACUGUCGAAAUCGAGAGCUUGUAUGAUCCGAAGCUCAAAGCUCCUGUGGACACGGGGUUUAUUGUCUGCAAUCCUCAUACAUAUCCAAACUUGUUGAACUUUUUGAAGCAGCUGAAUGUCGAGCUUACAGAUUCCAACAUGUCCUUUGCAGUCUCUAAAGAUAAAGGAGUCUUUGAAUGGGCUGGUGACAAUAUAGACACUGUUUUCGCCCAACGAUCCAACCUAUUCAGCUUAAACAUGUGGAGAAUGAUUUGGGACACUAUUCGUUUCGAUGAACAAGCCACUGAUAUCGCAGAGCAAGUGGAUCAAGAUAUGUAUGAUGAGGCUGGCAAGAUGAGAGCUGAUGCCGAUACAUUCGUCAAAGGUCAUCCAUAUGCUCAUAUGACGUUGGCAGAGUUCUUUACAAAAUAUAAUUAUUCAAAGUUCUUCUACGAGUCGUAUAUCGUGCCAAUGACCGCCUCUGUAUGGAGUGCACCGGCUGAUAUGGCAUUAGAUCAGUUCCCAUUGCUGACUUUGGUGCGCUUUAUGCGUAAUCAUAUGCUACUUCAAGUUACAGAUCGGCCUACGUGGAGGACUGUGUUGAAUGGAAGCAAAAGUUAUGUGAACAAGAUUCUCGAAACAGUCAAAGACGUACGUCUUAAUACAGCCGUUACGUCUAUAACACGAUCCAAGGAUAAAAACUCAACACAUCCACGUACAAUUACUAUAAAUGAUUCCCGAGGUGGCUCUGAAGUAUUCGACCAUGUUAUAUUGGCAUGUCAUACGGAUCAAGCAUUGAAGAUUCUAGGACCAGAAGCAACACCAGACGAACAAAAGAUAAUCGGUGGUAUCAAAUAUGUCAGAAAUCGCGCAGUGUUGCAUCGUGAUCCUUCGCUCAUGCCAGUCCGCCGCAAAACAUGGAGCUCUUGGAAUUAUUUGCUCGAUUCAACGAAAUUAAACACAAUGUGUCUCACAUACUGGAUGAACCGCUUACAAACCUUCAUUCCCGUACAAGAGUUUGGAGAUGUGUUUGUCACCAUGAAUCCAAUGUGGGAACCAAAAGGUCCUGUCUUGGGUGAAUGGUAUUAUGACCAUCCGUAUUAUUGUAAUGAGACCAUCAUGUCACAGGAAACCUUGAACAAGAUCCAGGGAUUGUAUUGUACGACUUAUUGUGGAGCGUGGACGAAUUAUGGAUUUCAUGAGGAUGGACUUACGUCAGGUCUACUCGCAGCUCUAUCACUCGGAGCUACCAGUCCAUUCCCAGUUGUACUGAAUGGCGGUUACCCUACCCAUCGUCUCGCACCCACUCCUCCUGCAUGGGCCAAAAUCCCACGAUAUGAACCUGCUCCUCCAAUACAUUUAGGGAAACGAGCCAAGAGGGAGUUUACAUCAUUCGUUCAGGUCGCUCCUUUGAUGAUGUGGGGCACUGUAGGGUUGUCGUUGCUGGCUGGUUUGUAUAUUGGUAGUCGCAUUGUGUAA